AUGAUAAAGAAAGAGGACAUUGAGGAGUAUACAGUGGGACCAGUGGAUGGUCACAGUUUGACCAACUCGUAUCCGAGGCGGCUGUCGCCGUCUAAUUACAACAACAUCUGGCCCACCAUGGAAAGUAUCGCCACGGUGCUACUGUCGGAAAUACUGUCCGACAAUCAGUUGGCUACCUUUUUGACGGCUCUUGUACGACAAGGAGCCUGGGCGGCACCCCGGUUCAUCCCAGGACUGGACACCGCUGGCGUCCCGCUGCUAGUGAGCAACCAUGCCGAAUUAAUGGCAUGGCUGCUACACCUCACGGCACGUGUGCUGUACGACCCGGAGGUCACCACGGUCAUUGGAGAGGCAGCUUUCACCGCAAUUGUCGAGGACUACCACAAACAUUCUGAGGACCCUGGUGGAGUCGAAGCGCACGGCCUGCUCAUUGACUGCACACCUGUGAACCGCCCGACAACGGCCAUGGCCCGGUGGUGGUGGCUGCAGUGGUCCAACACUCCUCCAGGUGCCAGGCGUGUUCAUAAUCGGUCGCAUAGCGUUCACGGGUUUCGGUCACGGGCGGUUGAGGAGGCGCAGUUCAGCCGCCAGGCCGAGGUGGCAACCGCGCCGGACGAAAUCCUGUAG